AUGGCCCUCGCUCCUUCUAAAGUUUCUCCCUUUUCUGGGUUCUCCCUCUCAGACUGUGUUGGGGGUGCCGCGAGAAACCCAACUUGUUCUGUUUCUUUGAGUUUUCUGAAUAAGAAAGGGGAAAGCAGAAACCUUGGGGUUUCUGCCUCAACUGCGCCUCUCACUGGGGUGAUCUUUGAACCCUUUGAGGAGGUUAAGAAGGAAGAGCUCGCUGUUCCCACUGCUCCACAGGUUUCGUUGGCUCGUCAGUAUUACGCUGAUGAUUGCGAAUCUGCGAUUAACGAGCAGAUUAAUGUGGAAUACAAUGCUUCCUAUGUGUACCACUCCUUGUUUGCAUACUUUGACAGGGACAACGUAGCUCUCAAGGGAUUUGCCAAGUUCUUCAAGGAAUCUAGUGAAGAAGAAAGAGAGCAUGCUGAAAAGCUUAUGAAAUAUCAGAACACUCGUGGUGGAAGAGUUGUUCUUCACUCCAUCAAGAAUGUACCCUCAGAAUUUGAGCAUGUGGAAAAGGGGGAUGCAUUACAUGCAAUGGAAUUAGCUUUGUCUUUGGAGAAGUUGGUGAAUGAGAAACUUCGGAGUGUGCACAGUGUGGCAGAUCGCAACAAUGACCCUCAAUUGGCUGACUUCAUAGAAAGCGAGUUUCUGUCUGAACAGGUUGAAGCAAUUAAGAAGAUAUCAGAGUAUGUGGCUCAACUGAGGAGGGUCGGAAAGGGUCACGGUGUGUGGCACUUUGAUCAAAGUCUUCUUCAUGAUGGACAUGCUGCUUGA